AUGGCUGAAGAAAAGCAUUUUGAUGCAUCUGCAUCAACAUCAGCAUCUGAUCCGGUUGGAUAUCCCGGAGGACCAUAUGAUAUGUCUCUGUUAGUUAAAUACGAACAGCAUGUUGCAUACCGUAUAUGGUUUGGUGAGGAGAGAGGGUCGAAGAAAGAGUUAAAGGUGGCGGGACAUGGGAUAAAGUUGACUCAGAGGGUUCCACUACAGUUACCCAGAGAGAUGGAGAGCUGGAUAUCUAGGUCUGGUCUAGCUUCACUUCAGAGAACCAGUUUAACAAAGAUAGACACAAACCUAGUUUCCGCUUUUGCAGAGAGGUGGCAUUUAGAGACAUCUUCAUUUCACAUGUCAUUCGGUGAGAUGACGAUUACUCUAGAUGACGUAUCUUGCCUGAUUCACUUGCCAUACAGGGGAGUUUUCUGGAACCCUCCAGAUAUCAGUGAAGCGCUUGCUAUUGAGUGGGUUGUUGAUUAUUUGGGAGUGCCACAGAGAAUAGCACAACAACAAGUCCGUGAGUGCAAGGGUUCCUACUAUAAGCUGGAGUGGUUAUAUGAUCGGUUCGUAGAGCACUGA